CCUCUCUCUCUCUCUCCCCCGGAAGCUGGUUCGUUUUGCAGCAGGUGUGGGUUGCUGAGAAGUGACGCAGAUUUGCAGAGGAUGGCGAGCCAUCUCCUCCGCCAGCCUCGUUGGGUGCUGGUUGCAGUGGCGCCUGCCUUGUUGUUUUUGUCGUUGGUUGUGCCCUUUUCGGCGGCGAAGCUGACCACUGGGUACUACCGGAAGUCCUGCCCCAGGGUGGAGCAGAUCGUGUCGGACGUGGUGACCAACAAGCAGAUCAGCAGCCCCACCACGGCCGCUGGCGCGCUUCGGCUCUUCUUCCAUGACUGCUUCGUGGGCGGCUGCGACGCAUCCGUGCUCGUCUCCACCAAUGCUUUCAACCGCGCGGAGCGGGACGCGGACAUCAACCUGUCGCUCCCGGGGGACGCCUUCGACGCCGUGGUCCGCGCGAAGACGGCCCUGGAGCUGCAGUGCCCCGGCACCGUCUCCUGCGCCGACAUCCUAGCGCUGGCCACCCGCGACCUGGUGUCCAUGCUCGGCGGGCCCUUCUACGCCGUGCCGCUGGGCCGCAAGGACGGCCUCGCCUCCCACGCCGCCUCCGUCGAGGGCAACCUCCCCCGUCCUAACAUGACCAUGGACGCCAUGAUCGCCCUCUUCGCCGCAAAGGGCUUCACCGAGCAGGAGAUGGUCGCCCUCGCCGGCGCCCACACGGUGGGCUUCUCCCACUGCAAGGAGUUCGCGGCGCGGAUCUUCCGGUACAAGGCCGGCGAGCCGAGCGCGUUCGACCCGUCCAUGGACCCGCGCUUCGCGCAGGCGCUGCAGAAGGCCUGCUCCAAGUACCUCGAGGACGACACCAUCGCCACCUUCAAUGACGUCAUGACGCCGGGGAAGUUCGACAACAUGUACUACCUGAACCUGAAGAGGGGGCUGGGGCUGCUGGCCUCCGACCACGCGCUGGUGGCGGACCGGAGGACGAAGCCCCUGGUCGACCUCUACGCCGCGAACCAGUCGGCCUUCUUCCGGGACUUCAGCCGCGCGAUGCUGAAGCUCGGCCUGGUCGGGGUGAAGACCGGAAGGAAAGGGGAGGUCCGCCGGAGGUGCCGCGACUUCAACAACCUCUCCACCUGAACCAAGAUUUCCACAACGAGAUUGCUGUUGCCAUAGCUUCCACUAUUAUCUGUCUCAAACAGUGGGUAGAGUUAGAUUGGUCAGGAAAGCAGGGGAGGGGAUCCAACCGAGGCUUCUCCUUCAUGCUUUCUCUAUAGAUCGAUCACUUGAUACAUAUAAGCCGAGGAGGGGUUUGCAUUUCGUUGAUUUGGAGCUCUCCUCGAUCGGAUUUGCCCGUUUUUCCUAUGUAGCGGUGAUUUGAUAGCAGCUGAACGAAACUUGGCCCUUUUUUCUUA